GGACGCUUGUUAUACAACGCAGAACAGACGACACGACCUAGACAGCACUAGCAGGCAUGGUGUGGUAUCCGUGCGUGGACGCCAAUGGCGAUGGACAGACGGUUUCAUGUGCCAUCGAUGUCCUGUCUCUCCGAUGUAGACAAGAUUAUGAUCAGCUCAGUGCAACAGAGCUACUUCAAACCGAGAGGAGCUUGCAUCUCAUGCUUGCUGAGAUUCACAGUCGACAAAACACCAUGCUGCCGAUACACCGAAUGCCACCGGAAGUCUUUAAAGCUAUAUUCGAGGAUGCUUUGUCCAGGCGCACUCGGUAUCUCGAUGAAACGGCCAUAUCAUGGGACUACCCAGUGUUGGGACUCACUCAGUUAGCCAAGAUAAGCUCGGUAUGCAGGUACUGGAGGGCGAUUGCUUUGGGUACGCCGACAUUGUGGACCAACAUCAGCCCAGGAUGGAUGGACCGACGUCAAAUCUUCAGCCGUGCGGCAACCAUGUUCCUGGAACGUGCUCGCGAUCUCCCUGUCGACCUCGUAGUCGAUCACCACGGGCACGCAGGGAAUCUCAGUAGCUUCAUUACUGAUCUAGGGCCCGACUUCACUUCACGUCUUCGACGCAUUCACUGCCGACAUGCGUGGGAGCAUCUCGACAUCGUCUUUAACUUCCCCGCUCCCCGCUUGGAGUCCUUGUACUUGGAUGAUACUCACACGGAGGUGACCGCAACAGACGUACCCCUGUUUGGAGGUCAAAAUCCACAGCUGCGAUAUCUAUCUCUCUCCCGCAUGGCCCGCAUGCCCACAUUCCAACUCCCUACAUUGACGCAUCUCCACAUACAUCGAUGUACCGAUUGUGGCCUUUCCGCCCUCCUUGCAUCUACCCCUGGGCUUACGGACCUUUCCUUAUCAGAAGUUGGCGCGGAUUCUUCGAAUGGGACGUCGCCCUUAAUGUCUCCCCUACAUCUGCGGAAGCUGAAAAGGUUCGCACUUCACGGGAUGUGUUGCUCCAGCGUCCGCGCGAUCAUGUUAUAUAUGGCCAUCCCCAGAAGUACAGCACUCCUCUUCACUGGCUGCGACACUUUGAACGCGGAGACCAUGGCAUCUUCGGGCCUGCGCGACUACUUGUCUUCUCGGGCCUGGACAAGAAUGUCAAUCCGACCUGAUGAGGAGGGAGACUUUUGCUCAGUGACCGCAACAGAUGAUCACGUCGGCGUAUCGUUCGACUGUGUGGCAUCGAAGGAGCAUCGUGAUCCGGACGACUGGUGCUUCUACGACAUCGGAGAUAUGCACUGGGUCAUACCGCCCACUAUGCCGCCGCCGUUCCAGAGUGUUCGCGAAUGUUGGGUCAUGGAGACCUUGCAUGCCAUGAACAGCUUCCGCGCGUCUGGGCUACGCGACAUGCUCGGUUCCAUGUGCAACUUGGAGACCUUGGUUGUAUGUGCUUGGAGCCUAAAGGCAGUUCUCGAGGCGCUCUCCUUGCCAUCGCAGCAUGACGUGGAGGCUGGUGGGACAGAGGUUCUCGUCUGCCCCAUGUUGAAGGAGCUUCACAUCUUGACAACGGACGACCGGGGGUCGCGGAUACUGGAUGUGCUUGUCGAUGCACGGUUCGACAGACUACGGUUCCUCGAGCGCGUCGUGCUUGACUACCUGCCUGGCUCUUGUGCGUCGAGCAUGCGCGACUACAGGUCCGACAGACCUGUCGACGUUGUUGAGCUCACGGAGCAACCCGAGAUGCCAUUGCCCCUAGUGUGUUCGGUGGAGGUCCAUGCCUUCUGGCCCAAGUGGCGACCUCACACAGAACAUAUCCUUGGUACGAAAUACGAGACGCGGAAAGGGAGCCGACGGCACCCAAGAUCCCGGCCCGUCAUCGCUCGAAAAUCGUAGCCGUCGCACCCAAGCACAGAAAAUCUUGCAUCUGUAACGUGUGCUUGCUGUUCACGUCCGAGUCACUCGCUGUUCAAUUGUGCUGGU